AAAUAAUGGAAAAUCUUGGCGCGACUAACUAACACGCCUAACACGUUGGCACAUUCGCACUUGAGCCCUCGUCCGAGACAGAAAUGCAGUCCCACUCGCUCCUGAUCGCAGCCGUUGCUACGUUGCUGGUGGCCCAGACGGCGGCCAAGUUCCAGCUGAAGAACCACGACGACGCGGAGAAGGCCUUUGAGGAGUGCCGCGAGGACUUCUACGUCCCGGAGGACAUCUACGAGAAGUACCUGAACUACGAGUUCCCCGCCCACCGGCGCACCAGCUGCUUCGUCAAGUGCUUCCUGGAGAAGCUAGAGCUCUUCUCGGAGAAGAAGGGCUUCGACGAGAGGGCCAUGAUUGCCCAGUUCACGUCCAAGAGCAGCAAGGACCUGUCCACGGUCCAGCACGGCCUGGAGAAGUGCAUCGAUCACAACGAGGCCGAGUCCGACGUCUGCACCUGGGCCAACCGCGUCUUCUCCUGCUGGCUGCCCAUCAACCGCCACGUGGUGCGCAAGGUCUUCGCCUAACUGAUAUGUGAUAUGCUUGAUCCAAUAAAAUUAGGAUUGAUCCAAAAUAAAAUCGGUUUUAUUUAAAAAUUAAAAAUGGUUUCCCGAAAAAAAAAAAAAAAUAUAAAAUCUAAAAAUAAUGUUUCUUAACAAAAAUCUUUU